GGGAUGACAGGAGGUGUCUGCCCAAAGACUGUCUCAUAUGGGGUGAACUUUUCUCAGUGCGGGGUACAAGGGGCUCUCAGAAGGACAUAAGGCAAGAGAUCAACCUAGUUACCACCAGUCUCCAGUGUAUUCAGUUAAUAUCUUUUAUAGUUCUAUUCAUCCUCUCUGUCCAUCCUGAACCUUGAGGAUGUUACAAUGUAAUUUCCAGUUCAUGUAAAGAGUCUUUGAAAGUAGUUGAGAUAAUUUGGCCAUUGACCCUAGAGACAAAGGGAGGCCAAACCUGGUAAUGAUUCCCACUGUGAGUCCUUUUGCUACUGCUUAGGCCGUUUUGUUCAGGAAGGAAAAGCCUCUACCCAGCCUGAGCCUGAGACAGUGUCAGCAAAGCCCAGCAGAUAUUUGUAACCAUAUAGUCCUGGUUUGCCUUCGGUGAAGUCAGAUUCCCAAAACUCACCAGGUACAAUACCGUGGCUUCACUGUCCUGGAGGCAGCAUGUCCUUUCUAAUAUUUACCUGGGUGCAAGCCAAGCAGCAAUCUCAUGUGUUAUGCAGUAUUUCUCAGUGUACAGGUAGCCAGACCUGAGGGGAGAUAAGUCCUGAGAUCUUUUUAGGUGACAAAUGCAUUGAGUGAUGUAGGGAAAUUAGCCAAUUCCUGUCCAGUGACUUUAGCAUGCAAAUCCUACCAUCUGGUAGGACCCACUGACCAUGGCUGUUUUCCCUAGGUUCCCAGGCUAGAAUAUGACAAUCUCCAAUGAGUUACAUUUGGGAACAUCCUCAUCAAGGUGGGGUAGGGGGUAGGGGUGGCCAACAAUUCCAGGAUAGUCUGGGUUGCCCUAGAGCCUCAUCCCUGGCAACCUGAUACGCAUAGUUGUUGCCUUGGGUCUGUGGGCUGGGUCUUAUUGGUGCCCUGGUCAAUGUGGAAGAGCCAGUUAGGUAGGUAUCCAGAUGCUCUCCAAAAGCUGUGUAGUAAUCUCCUGUUUAUUUUUGAUGAUUUGUCCUUCUGAUGUUAAAAGGCCCCUUGUUUAUAUAUUUGUCCAUGGACAUGAGCUGCAGCAAAAGCACAUCAGCUACCUGUAUAAAUAUUUUCUUUCCUUCAGCUCAUUUUAGUGACUGAGUGCUCUUAUUUCUGCCCUCUGAGCAGACAUGUGUAGCAGGAUUCUUAACAGUUCUUGUUAAUAAAAUCAAACCUGUGGCCAGUUAUUGGGGUGAACACUGGAAGAUCAGAGAGACAGAACAAGCCACAGCUUUUCCAGCUUUGAUCUGGAAGUACUACCCCCAUUGAGGCUUCCCGGAACUGUCACGCCUACGAGAUGGGACCAAGACAGGAGCCCUUAAGACCUGAAAUCCGGAUGUGCCGGCUCUCUUGAUUCCUGGAUGCUGGAUGCUGGAGGUAAACCGAGCAGAGUUCUCCAGAGAACACCACUGGACUGCACUUCACCUCUCCCGGACCCUGUAAACUAUCCCUUCACUUGUAAGUUACCCCAAAAUAAACCUCCCUUUUAACUACGUGGAGUUGCCUUAAUACUUCCACCAAUACCAGCCCCAAGUAACUGUUUUCCUUCAGAAGAGUUGCCCUGGUUGUGGUGUCUCUUCACAGCAAUAGAACCCUAACUAUGACAGGGGGUUUCUCAAAAAAAAUGAAAAAUCAGUCUAUCCUCUUACUCUGCUCCUGCAGUCCUGGGUGUUUACCUGGAGCACUAAAAGAUAUUGUAGAGACACUUGCACACCUGUGCCUCCCGAGGUACAGUUCACAUUGCUGUUAUAGAAGCAACCUAGGUAUCCAAUAAUGGAGGAAAGUGUGCACACACACACACACACACACACACACACUGGAAAUUUCCAACUACAAAGAAAAGCAGAAUUUUGUCAUUUACGGGAAAAUGGAUGCAACUGAAGGUAAUCCUAUUAAGCACCAAAUUAAGCCUCAGAAAGACAAACAUCACAUGCCCCUGCCUCUUCCCGUUUUUGGAUCCAAGCUUUAAUAGAGAUAUAGAUAAGCAUACAGGACAUGAAAGAGGAAUGAAGCUGACUAGGAAGAGAGGGACGAAGGGGUGGGACUAGACAAAGGCAGGGAAUGUCGGGGGGAAUGUGCUCCACAUGCAAUAGAUAUUAAUACAAUUUUUAUUAAAAUUUAAACAAAACAGUGCACCUUGAUUUCUCUAAAGUACUCUAUGGGGCUGCGCUGUACCCUGGAAGCUGGCAUUCUGACCUGCAGGGACAAUGAUGGCUUUCUAGUACCCACUGUGUCAGCCUGUGAUGACUUAAAGAAGUUUCCUGCCGCUAUGGAAAACCUAGCCAAGAAUUAGCUGCAGUUUUUUGUUUUUUGUUUUGUUUUCAUACAAGCAGCGGACGAUCAGGUCCCCACUCAUUCCUUAGAGCUCGUUCUACACUAGCUGUCAAGACUUAUUUCAUUUGCAGAGAAACGUUAUAAACUCCAAGAAGAACAAAUGGUCAGGGCAGAUCUCAUUUCUCAAAGUAAGAUGGAGCCUCAGAAAGUUAAGGAUAGAGAAGCAGACGUGGAAGGUCAGACCUAAUCGCAUGACCAACUGAACAGUGCCUGGCUGCCAGGUAAGUAGCUUCCAAGAACUUCAGAGCUGCUUGGCGAAGUCCAGCAUUUCCCUUUCCGGGUCAGUCCGACCAUGACCUUCUAAAAGCCCUUCAAGACAAAGUGCUAGGCUUGGACCCAGGGGUCCUCUGGGUCUCUAUAAGCAGGUCUCACCUUUCUUUCUUGUCUUAACUGUCUAUCAACACGUUCCACAUUCUGACUGUUAUCAACUAUCCAGUUCCUCUUGUGGUAAGCUAUUAUAAAACUGAAUCCAUGUGCAGUGCCAACACGUGUACCAGCCCUGGUUUAACACUCACCAACAAAGACGAUUGGCCAUUUCCGAGACUAAGAUGUCUCGCUGCGAAAUGGACACUUGAUCCAUCAUUAACUCAGACUUGUUUGUCUUGUUUGCUCUAAAACUCUACUGAGCUGUGCCAAGGGCAGUGCCCAAAACCGCUCAAGCCUCUGGGCCAAAGGUCCCCAGGCACACGAUACGAUACUCCGGAUAUUCACACAGACUCUCAAGUCCAACAACAUCUUAGUAGCCGGGAGUUGGCUGAGGUAGUUCUUCUGGAAGGUGUCUCUCACUGUCCACUCAACUAUGUCAUCUCGCAAUCAGGUAGCUCUGGUAACUGGGGCUAACAAGGGCAUCGGCUUUGCCAUCACACGUGUCCUGUGUCAGAAGUUCUCGGGGGACGUGGUGCUCACGGCGCGGGACAAGGCGCGGGGCAAGGCUGCAAUGCAGCAGCUGCAGGCGGAGGGCCUGAGCCCGCGCUUCCACCAGCUGGACAUCGAUGACCUGCAGAGCAUCCGCGCCCUGCGCGACUUUCUGCGCAGGGAGUACAGGGGACUGGACGUGCUGGUCAACAACGCGGGCAUUAGCACCUGGCCCAAGAAUAAGCCACCAAGAAGAGAUGACUUCUUCAAGGACACCCAGCAAGGAGGCACUGAUCUGACCCACUUUUACAUUCAAGCAGAAGCAGCAAUGAAAACAAACUUUUUUGGUACCCAGGCUGUCUGCAUGGAGCUACUCCCCCUAAUAAAACCGCAAGGCAGAGUGGUGAACGUGUCGAGCAUGAUGAGCCUCAGGGCCCUGAAAAAGUGCAGCCCAGAGCUGCAGCAGAAGUUUCGCAGUGACACCAUCACAGAGGAGGAACUGGUAGGGCUCAUGAACAAGUUUAUGGAAGAUAUGAAAAAAGGAGUGCAUGAGAAAGAAGGCUGGCCGGACAGUGCAUAUGCAGUGACCAAGAUCGGGGUGACAGUCCUGUCCAGAAUCCAUGCCCGGAAACUCAGCGAGCAGAGGAGAGGGGACAAGAUCCUCCUCAAUGCCUGUUCCCCUGGGUGGGUGAGAACUGACAUGGGGGGACUAAAAUCCACCAAGAGCCCCGAAGAAGGAGCAGAGACCCCCGUGUACUUGGCCCUUUUGCCGCCAGAUGCAGAGGGACCUCACGGGCAGUUUGUUCACGAGAAAAAUGUUGAGCCAUGGUGAACUCAACUGUCACCUC